AAUGAAUCGAGCACUCAAAGACCUCCCUAAGCCAUCAAGCCAUUGGUUCUAUGGUGAAGCGCAUCACUUUUUUAAUAGAGAGACAGUUUUUCAAACUAUGGAAAAGAUGAGCGAAGAAUUUAACGGUUUAUGGAAAGGAAAAACUGGCCCAGUUAUUGAGAGAAUGUUUAUAACAAAAGUAAAAUACGCCAAGGAAAUACUUAAUACUGCUGAACCAAAAGAUAGCUUCGGCUAUAGCUUUUUAAAAUUAUGGCUCGGAGAUGGUUUACUUUUAAGCUAUGGUCCAAAAUGGUUUAGGAAUAGAAGAUUAUUAACGCCCGCUUUCCACUUUGAUAUUCUGAAGCCGUAUACUAAAUUAUAUUCCGAUUGUGCCAAUGCACUAGUAGCAAAGUGGCAAGCGCGUCUAGAAAAUGGAGAUGGCAAUCAAAUAGAAUUGCACGAUGAUAUAAGUUUAAUGACUUUGGAUUCUCUUCUAAAGUGUAUAUUCGGUUUACAUACAGAGUGCCAAAAUGAAAAAGUAGAGCAUCCUUAUUUACAAGCCGUACAAAGAGUAACAUAUCUGCUAAUUCAAAGAUUUGUUAAUCCAAUUCUAUUAUCUCCUUUCAUUUAUUAUUUGACACCAAAUAGCUGGAGCUAUUUGUAUAAUAUACAUAAACUGCAUUCAUUUACCAGAAAAGUUAUAAAAGAAAGACAGGCGCUAUUGAAAGCAAAACCGGAUUAUACGAAACAUAGAAGAUAUUUGGAUUUUAUCGAUAUUCUCCUUUCGGCAAGGGACGAAAACGGAAAAGGUCUCAGCGACCAGGAGAUUGCUGAUGAAGUGGACACGUUUAUGUUUGAAGGUCACGAUACUACCGCUGCAGGAAUUUCAUUUGCCCUCUAUAAUCUGGCAAAAUACCCGGAAAUUCAAGAGAAAUGUAGAGAGGAAGUAAUGGAAGUUUUAGGAGAAUCCGAUACCGUUUCCUGGAAUGAUUUAUCAAAAUUGACGUAUCUGACAAAAACUUUGAAAGAAAGUCUUCGAGUUAGUCCACCAGUACCAAGUAUACAAAGAGAAAUUACUGAAGAAAGAGUUUUGUCAAAUGGAAUGAGACUAGAAAAAGGAGUAGCAAUUUUCUUGUCGAUAUAUUGCUUGCAUAGAGAUCCAGACGUUUGGGAAAAUCCUGGAAAGUUUGAUCCUGAAAGACAUGCUAAAAAGGGAGACAAAGAUGCUUUUUCAUUCGUACCAUUUUCGGCUGGACCAAGAAAUUGUAUUGGACAAAAUUUCGCUCUAAAUGAGAUGAAAGCAACAAUAGCAAUAAUUUUGAAAAAUUUCGUUCUAAAAGAGGUUGAGGGAUUUAAGCCUAAACCUAGCAUGCAAAUUACUCUGAAAUCAUUAAAUGGUUUACCCAUUUUAAUCGAGCCUGUAGCAUAGAAACAGCUUUGAUUUUGUUAGCACAAACUAGCAAAGUUGAUUGUUUGAUUGUUAAAAAUAUUUAAUAAGAAACGUAAAUAACAAAAAUGGCGAUUGAAUGUUUAAGAAAGAUAAUCUAAAUACAGAAUAUAGAAUUAAAUGG